UGAUUGAUGGGUUGAUUGAUUGACUAAUUAGUCGAUCUAGAUGGAUUAAUUAGUUGAUCGAUUGAGUGAUUAGGCUGGCGGGCAGAAAUGUAUCUCUAUCAUUUGACUCUGCAGCGAACUACUGGCAUUACCGCCGCCAUUUACGGCAAUUUCAGUGGGACGAAGGCGCAGGAAAUUGUGAUCUCCAGGGGGAAGAUUCUUGAGCUGAUCAGGCCAGAUGAUAACGGCAAGCUGCAGACUGUGCUCUCCAUCGAGAUCUUCGGAGUGAUUCGCUCUCUAGUCCAGUUCCGUUUGACAGGUUCGCAGAAGGACUACGUGGUUGUCGGAUCAGAUUCAGGACGGAUUGUCAUCCUAGAGUACAAUAAGGAGAAAAAUGUGUUCGAUAAGGUUCAUCAGGAAACCUUUGGCAAAUCAGGCUGCAGAAGGAUCGUCCCGGGUCAGUACCUGGCGGUGGAUCCGAAGGGACGUGCUGUCAUGAUUGGAGCUUGUGAGAAGCAGAAGCUUGUGUACGUGCUCAAUCGUGACAAUGCAGCUCGACUGACAAUUUCCUCUCCUCUUGAGGCAAGCGACUUCCCUUCCUGCCCGCCGAAAAUGUCUGACCAUGGGGCUCAGCAGCAGCUACAGGUGGAAGUUGUAAUGAAGGUGGAAGGUCAACAACCUUCAACCUCCACUCCUCCUUCUCCACCUCUGACUGCUACUCAGCAGGAAAAGGAGCUGCAAGAACAACUGCGGCGUCAACAGGAACGGCUUGCAGAGUUGGAACGUCAGGAGGCAGCUGAGCUAGAAGCUGCAAUUGAUUAUUCCAGAAGGGAAUAUCUGUUGCAGCAGCUAGACAAGGUGCUCUCAGAUGAGCGCUGUGCACAGGUGACUAAGCACCUGGCAAAGAUGAUCAUCCUGGAGCACAAGAUCACCAACUCUCACUUCACGAACUGGGAUGACCGUUUUGAUCGCUUGGAGCGAGAUCAAAGAGGUCCCAAGAUCCCUGCUCCCAACAAGUUCAGGGGUGAUGACCCCAAGACCGUUGUUGGGGACUGGGCUGCUGGGACCAAAGCCUACUUGAGGGGCUUUGUCUGUGCAAAACAGACCAAGGUGGCCACUGUUCUAGGACUGCUGGAGGGACCUGCAUUGAAGUGGGCCACCUCCACUUCCAGCAGUCUGCAACAGUCCAUGGAGGACUGGGCUUUUGGGCUUGGGGUGGACAAACUUUUGCAGGCCCUGGAGGACCGUUUUGCAGACAAGGAGCGGGCCCGCAAGGCUGCUGACAGGAUUGCUCGCCUGGGACAGCAGCGGUACAGCGGCACCCUACAGGCCUUGUUUGCAGAAUUUGAGCAGCUUACCUCCACCUCUGGGUUGGUCAUGUCCACUGAUGAUCUAUUGACCAACUUCUGCAGGGCAGCACCUGAGAAGUUUGCUGUUGCCUUGUACAACGCUGGGCACAAGGACUGGAGGUCCUUUGGCCGCGCAGCCCUGGACAUGGAGGCAAAGCUUCAUGUUCAGGCCCCAUCCUCUGACAGGAGGAAAGGUGCCUUCCCUAGAGGUGGCAGAAAGGGAAAGGCAGCCUUCACUCAUACGGGGUCUGCAUCAGGAUCAGAUUCAGAUUCCCAAGCUGAUGCACCUUCAGCUGAGACUGGAUCUGCUGCUGAGACAGAUGUUGCAGCAGCCCUGACUCAGGCUGUUUUGGGGGUUCUGCAGCAGCAGAAGUUUUCCUCGACCGCAGCCUCAACCAAUGCUCCCCCUGUUUCUUGUCCUCCUGAGAUACAGCAGGUGGUAGAUCAAUAUGCUGAUCUGAUGCAGGAGCCCUUUGGGUUACCCAACCGGCCAACCAAGCAUCACAUCGAGCUGCUGCCUGGAGCGGUCCCUCCCAAGGGCCGCAUCUACAGGAUGUCCCCUGUUGAGCUUGAGGAGCUCAGAGAGCAGCUUGAGACCCUGACCAGCAAGGGCUGUAUCAGACCCAGCACAUCUGAAUUCGGUGCACCUGUUCUUUUUGUACGCAAAGGGAAUGGCGAGUUUAGGAUGUGUAUUGACUACCGGGGUCUCAAUAAGAUCACUAGGAAGAGUACAGAGCCACUUCCUAGGAUCGACGACCUCCUGGACAUGGUGCAGGGCUGCACAGUGUUUAGCAAAGUCGAUCUCAAAUCUGGCUACCACCAGAUUGAGAUGACAGAGGAGGAUGUCUAUAAGACAACCUUCAAGACCAGGUAUGAGACUUAUGAGUUCCUGGUCAUGCCAUUUGGACUUUGCAAUGCCCCAAGUACCUUCCAGACCGAGAUGCACCGCAUCUUCAGGCCUUACCUGGACAAGUUUAUGGUUGUCUACCUGUAUGAUAUCCUGGUAUUCAACAAAACUGCCAAGGAACAUGUGGAGCACUUGGCUUUGGUCCUUCAGUCGUUACGUGACAACCAGUAUAAGAUCAACAAAAAGAAGUCCUCCUUUGGAAUUCCCUCUGUCAUCUACCUGGGGCACGUAAUCUCUGGAGAUGGCCUGGCUCCUGAAGCAGCUAAGAUUGUUGCUAUUCAGGAGUGGCCUCAGUCACAGAUAGUGAGGGAUGUCAGGUCCUUCAUGGUUCUUCAGCAGGAUGAUGGGAAUGGUCUACGACCUGUAGAGUUUACGAGUAAGAAGAUCAAGACUCAAAAACUCUUGGACUCUACCUACGAGAAAGAGCUAUAUGCUCUUGUCUGUGCCUUGAAACAUUGGAAGCACUUUCUCCUGGGAAGACACUUCAAGAUCUUUUCAGAUCACUCCACCUUACAGUGGAUGAAGUCCCAGGGAGAGUUGAAUGACAAGUUGGCACGGUACAUUCAGUUCAUUGACAUGUUUGACUUGGAACUGAAGCAUAAGAAGGGCUGCUACAACAAGGUAGCAGAUGCCCUCUCUCGUAGGCCUGACUCUUUUGCGUUGAUCUCCUCUACUCACUCCUUUGGAGAGGAGACCCGUCAAACCAUUGCUCGUCUACUGCCUCAGGAUGAGACUUUCAGACCCAUCGUCAGGAAUCUGCAAGCAGAUCCUAACUCUGAACCAGGCUAUGCUUUUAGUUCAGACCUGCUGUAUACGUACAGUAGAGCAAUCGAACUUGAUUACUCUGAGGCUGAUCAGGAUUCUUCUGGCCAAGCGGCUGCGGAAGCCCAGAAGCAUCUAACGUUCUAUGAGCUGGAUCUUGGUCUCAAUCACGUUGUUCGCAAGUGGACGGAGCCUGUGGACAAUGGAGCAAACAUGCUUGUCACUGUUCCUGGAGGAGGAGAUGGUCCCAGCGGGGUGCUUGUCUGUGCUGAGAACUUUGUCAUAUACAAGAAUCAGGGGCAUGCAGAUGUACGCGCUGUUAUCCCACGUCGUGCAGACUUGCCGGCCGAGAGGGGAGUUCUCGUGGUUUGUGCAGCGAUGCACAAACAGAAGGGUCUUUUCUUCUUCCUUUUGCAGACGGAGUACGGUGAUAUCUUCAAGGUCACUUUGGACUAUGACAAAGAUGACACCGUAACAGAACUGAAGAUCAAGUACUUUGAUACGCUUCCAGUCUGUUCAGCGAUGUGUGUGCUCAAGACUGGUUUCCUGUUUGCAGCCUCUGAGUUUGGGAACCAUGCACUGUACCAGUUCCAGGGAAUUGGAGAUGAGCCUGAUGUAGAAUCUUCAUCGGCAACAUUGAUGGAGACCGAAGAGGGGUUCCAGCCCGUUUUCUUCCAGCCGCGAAGGCUGAAAAAUCUGAUUAAAUAUGAGGAGGUUGAAUCUUUGAUGCCAAUAAUGGACAUGAAGGUGACCAAUCUAUUUGACGAGGAGACACCACAGAUCUUCACACUGUGUGGGAGAGGGCCCAGGUCAACCUUUCGAAUUCUUCGGCCCGGCCUGGCGGUUACCGACAUGGCUGCAUCUCAGAAACUCCCAGGUCUUCCGAAUGCUGUCUGGACGGUAAAGAGGAAUGUAAACGACGAGUUUGACUCUUACAUUGUGGUGUCCUUCGCCAAUGCAACACUGGUGCUAUCCAUUGGAGAGACCGUAGAAGAAGUCAGCGACAGUGGAUUUUUGGGUACGACACCAUCGCUGGGGGUGUCAUUGAUUGGAGAAGACUCUCUGAUGCAGGUGCACCCUCAUGGUAUUAGGCACAUACGAGCGGAUGGACGUAUUAACGAGUGGCAGACACCUGGAAAGAAAACAAUUAUGAAGGUUGGAAGCAAUAGGCAGCAGGUGGUAAUUGCCUUAAGCGGUGGAGAGUUGACGUAUUUUGAGAUGGACAUCACGGGGCAAUUGACAGAAGUCGAAGGGCGAGACAUUUCGGGUGAUGUUGCGUGUCUUGAUAUUGCGCCGGUGCCGGAGGGACGACAACGGUCACGCUUUCUUGCUGUGGGCUCCUAUGACAGUACCAUCAGGAUUUUAUCACUGGAUCCGAAUGAUUGCCUCCAGGUGUUGUCCCUUCAAGCUGUGCCAUCCCCACCAGAGUCAUUGCUUCUGCUCGAGGUUGCACCCUCGGGAAGUGGAGGUGAUGAUGUAGGAGAAGGAGAUCACAGGGGUGGGUUGUUUCUGAAUGCUGGACUGCAAAAUGGAAUCCUUCUCAGGACGGAGGUUGACAGUGUGACUGGCCAGCUGUCAGAUACGAGAACACGAUUCCUUGGGCUCCGUGCGCCAAAGCUCUUCGCAAUGUCUGUGCGCGGCCGAAGGGCAAUGCUGUGCCUGUCAAGCCGACCCUGGCUCGGUUACAUCCAUCAGGGACAUUUCAUGCUUACCCCGCUGUCGUACGAGAUGUUGGAAUAUGCGUCUUCGUUCUCAUCGGACCAGUGCCCGGAAGGUGUGGUUGCUGUUGCUGCGGAUGUCCUCCGUGUUUUCACGAUCGAAAGGCUAGGAGAAACGUUCAAUCAAACGGUUGUUCCCUUGAGAUACACUCCGAGGAAGUUCGUCCUGCACCCAAAGCACAAGACCAUGGUUAUUCUGGAAAGUGACUUAGGUGCCUUGUCAGCAGAAGAGCGCGCAGAGUUGAAGAAGCAAGCGGUUGAAGCGAAUGCAGGUUUGGGGCAGGGUGACGAGGAAGCGGCGCUGGCAGAUGAAGACCAGGAAAUGGUGGAACAGCAGGACGAGAGGAAUGAGGAUGAUGGCGAAGACGAAGAUGGUUCCAUGCAUGAAAAGGAAGAGAAUGGGAAAUUGAAGGAGGCCGAUGGAGAUGAAGACAAGGAGGAUGGAGAUGAGCGAGCAGAGGAAACAGAUGGUAUCGAAGAUGAAGGCGAUGAAGAAGAGGAGGAGGGGGAGGACGAGGAGGAGGAGGAUGAAGAUGAUGACUGGGAUGAGGAUGAAGAGGAGAGGAAGCAGAAGAAGGAGCAGCGGAGGAGAGAGCGGAAGGAGAAGAGAGCAAGGGAGAGGAAAGAGAGGAGGGAGAUGGAAAGGAAGGCGAGAAAGGUGGCUGAGAAGGAGGAGGAUGAGAAGGAGGGGGCUGAGAAGGAGGCUGAGAAAGAGGCAGAGAAGGAGGCGGAGAAGGAGGAGAAGAGAAAGUUAGCAGACACAGAGAAGGGACAAGGUUCUGAGGAUGAUGAAGACAAGGAGGAGGAGGAGGAGAAGGCGACAUCGGAGGAUGGGGAGACGAGGGAGAAGACGGAAGAGAGAGAAAUCGAGGAGAAACAUGAAAUGCCCGGAACAGCGAAGGAGCAGCAGGAAGAUGAGGAUGCGGAAGGGAAGGGCGAGGAGGACGACGACGAGGAAAAGGAGGACCCUUUGCCAGAUGAGCAGUUUGGCUACCCAAAAGCGGAGUCCGGGAAGUGGGUUUCCUGUAUUCGUGUGCUCGAGCCUAGUUCGGGGGAAACGACCUGCUUGCUCGAGCUGGUUGAUAAUGAGGCUUGCUUCAGUGCUGCUCUCGUCAAUUUCGCAACCAGUCCUGAGUCCGGCCCAUUGCUCGUCGUCGGAACAGCCAAAAGACUGGAAUGGUUCCCCAAACGCAAAUGUGAAGGCGGGUUCAUUCAUGUGUACAAGUUCACGAAAGCUGGGAAAAACUUAGAGCUCCUGCAUAAGACACAGGUGGAGGGUGUCCCAACUGCACUGUGCCCUUUCCAAGGACGCCUCCUCGUGGGCAUUGGCUCGAUCCUUCGUGUAUACGACCUUGGAAAGAAAAAACUGCUCAGAAAGUGCGAGAACAAAAACUUCCCCAACACAGUCAUGUCUAUACACACAUACGGUGACCGAAUUUAUGUCGGCGAUAUGCAAGAGUCCUUCCAUUAUGUAAAAUACCGGCGCGAGGAGAACCAGCUCUAUAUAUUUGCUGAUGACGUCUGUCCAAGAUGGCUGACAGCAACGCUGCAUAUGGAUUUCGACACCUGCGCGGGUGCAGACAAAUUUGGGAACAUAUAUUUUGUUAGGCUCCCGCAAGAGAUAUCAGAAGAGAUUGAAGAUGACCCCACAGGUGGUAGGGUCAAAUGGGAGCAAGGGAAGCUGAAUGGCGCACCGAACAAGGUUGAAGCGAUCAUCCAGAUUCAUGUGGGCGAGGUUGUAACUUGCAUGCAGAGGGCUUCACUGAUACCAGGGGGAAGUGAGAGCUUACUGUAUGGAACAGUCAUGGGUGCCGUCGGUGCGUUGUUGCCAUUCGCAUCUCGAGAAGAUGUCGAUUUCUUCUCUCAUCUGGAGAUGCAUCUUCGCCAGGAAAAUCCUCCUCUUUGCGGGCGAGAUCAUAUGGCGUACCGAUCAGCAUACUUCCCUGUAAAGGAUGUUGUGGACGGAGACUUAUGCGAGCAGUACCCGAUGCUGAGCAUGGACGUUCAGCGGAAAAUCGCCGAUGAGUUGGAUAGGUCUCCGGGGGAAAUUGUGAAGAAACUGGAGGACAUAAGGAACAGAAUUAUCUAAAGCCUCCAUGACUGAGAAGAUUCAGGCAAUUUGUGUUUGUGUUCGUUUUUGUAAUUGAUGGUCGAUGCCGUGAUACUUGUGCU